UAGAUACUCGGUUGUUGUUGCUGGCGUCGCUGUACCAGAAUACAUCGACGUGUGCCUCAACCUCGUGAGGAUAGCUCAGCUUUGUCGUCGACCAUCAGCCAGCAAUUCGCGACGCAAUACGAUAUCACACUUCGCGCGGCGGAUCCGCUCAUCGCGGUAGUUUUGGUGUCGGCGUCACUUCGCCCGCCCAGCGACCGCCGCCACGAUGGGCCGCAGGAAGAUUGAGAUCAAGGCGAUCAAAGAUGACAGGAAUCGCUCGGUUACGUUUCUCAAACGCAAAGGCGGACUCUUCAAGAAGGCGCACGAACUAUCCGUUCUCUGCUCUGUUGAUGUCGCCGUGAUCAUAUUCGGCAGCAACAAGAAGCUGUACGAGUAUUGCUCGGGCGACUUGCGGGAGCUGGUAACGCGAUGGUCUUUCCACGGUGGCCCGAAUGAACACAAGGGCCCGGCCGACUUCAAUGGUGGGGCCGAAGAGGAGGACGAUGACGACGAGAACGGUAGCCCGCCACAAGGUGAUGGGAUGGACGUUCACGUCUACAAUGGCCCCCUCCAGGGCAUGCAACCUCCAUUUCCCCAGAUCCGCCAUCAAACGCCCUCGGCGUCGCCUCCGAUCCCCAACGGCGUUUUCGGAUCGCACCCGGCGAACGGCCCGCGAGGUCACACUCCGCAGCCCCAGAUGGGCUCCCGGCCGUCGUCGCGGAACGACGUGCGGCGAAUGGGGCCGGCGAUGGUGGGCCAGCCGGUUGGCCCGCCGCCCGGAGCUCAACCGCAGGCUGUGAAUGGCUUCGCCUUCAUGCCGCAACCGAACAUGUACAACGCCCAGAACCCUCCAAAUAUGCCGCCACCCAUGCCUCACGGGCUCCCGCAAUCACACGCGCAAUAUCCCUACUCCCAGCCACAGACGCAACCCCACCAGAUGCAGCCGUAUGUGGACGAGCAGCGGAGGUCCUCCGGGCCCGCUCCAUUCCCUCCCCAAGGCCACCCGGCGCCGCGCCAUUCCGCAUCACCGCCGCAGCCCUCCGCUGCACAGCUGCCUCCGCAGCUUCCUCCGCAACCCCUUCCGCACAUGUCGCCCCCUCCACCGCAACCGCAGGCUCACCCUAUGCAGAGCCCGCCGCAGCCUCAGCAACAUCUACCACCCCCGCCACCGCCCCCGCCCCCGCCUGCACAGGAGCCGCCCUUGAUUGUGGUUCCGACCACCCAGAGCUCCUCACCGCCGGCCCCCAUGGAGCCGAAGCCGAAGUUAGAGCCGAUGGAAAGGGCACGCCAGCCCCUUCUUCUGGAUACCAACAUCAAGAAACAGCCGCCUCGUAAGGGAGGCAGCAUCUUUACGCCUAUUGACGAACACAAGUCGGUUCUCCUGCAGCACAUUGCGGCCUUCCAAGGAGACGUGAAGUCAGAGACACCGUCCAGCAGAUCCCAGUCGGUCGACGCUGGUACCGCCUCGAGGGGCGCCAACUCGAGCUUGCCGCCGGCGUCGCAGCUGCCAAACACACAGGCGCAGCCGCAGCUCAAGAGGAACGGGUCGUUAGGGUCCAUUCCAGAAACCGUCUGCACGCCGCCCUCGCGGUCAAAUAGCCUGCAGGUAGGCGGCGGCGUCUCCCGGCCGCGGCUGAAGGUGCAAAUUCCGGACGAGUCGGACGGCGGCAGCGCCACCAACGAUACGACGUCUCCCCGGGGCUCGACGACGACCGAGAUGACGUCGCAGCCGCCACGGCGGCCGAUGGAAUCGCAUUCCACAGGCGUCGUCCUGCCGCCACCUUCGCCGUCAGCCUCGGCCCUGCCCGCCGAGACGCUGCUCUCAGCCGGCGCCACCGGGCCGCCGAAUCCGUUCGCCCGGCCGCUUCCGCACCAGAACAACAACAACGCCAUGAACAUCGACACGCCCGUGUCGGCCCUGCCGUCGCGCUUCCUCAACAACGAAUUCCUGCCCAGCCCCAGCAGCUUCUACCCGGACUGGAACUUCCGCGGCGGCGAUAACAACACGCUUCCGAGCCCGCUGAACUUUGCCACGCCGGUGGUGGGCACCGGCCCGUCGUUCCUCAGGGACGACCCCGGGCCGCCGAAGCGGAAGAGCCCCGAGAUCGGCGGUGCGAAUGGGACGCAUCCCGAGCCGAUCGAGGUGGGCGGCGACGUGAAGAGGGUCAAGGUCGACCCCUGAAUUUGCUUCUUGUAAUAGUCAAUGCGUGCGGUUGGUCCCUGAGCGUGACCCUUGUUUUCUUUCCCUUUCCUUUUGGUUACCGGGAUUUUUGUAUCAUAUUAUAUUUGGAAC